CAGAGGCGUGUCCUCCUGCUACCGGAAGAUAAAUGUAAACACAAACCAGCGCCCGAGUUGUGGAGUUGUCGUCUUGUUUUACUUCACGAACCUUUUAAAAGUGUGUUUACGUUGUUAAUUCUUUCACGGAUGAUAUUUCUGGAUACGUUCCUUCCACCGACGACGACUGAAGGAGCGAGCGAGCUUCUCCCCGACCCGUUAAUGCGCGUCUCUUUCUCGGGCGGCCCGCUGUUGUGCUAGCAAGCGCCGAUGCCUCAGGAAGGGGAGCAGCCUCUUCCCCUCAUUCGCUCCCUGAACAGCCGCGUCCCCGUCAGCGCCGUGUUCUGUAACCGCACGCCGUACGUCGUCAGGCCACUAUGGAUCGAUUACAGCGGAGUCCCGCAGGCUUACGAAGACCUGAAGCCGGGAUCCGGGCGACGGAUGACCACCUACGUAGGUCAUCCCUGGUUGUUCAGAGACGCCGCCACAGACGAGCCGUUAAAGGUGAACGGAAAAGAGUUCUUUCUUCCUCAACCAGCAGAGAACGGAGAUGUAUCUGUUAACAUCACUCUGCCAGUGGACAGCCUGAAGGACCGAGCCCUUCACGUGAUCCGAUGUCUGGUUCAGCCCGAGGACUACAGGAAGCUGGAAAUCGCUCGCUGUCUCCACGAGGAGCUGGAAGAUCAGCCCAACGCGUUGAAGGACCUCCAGCACAUCAACCGGCUGGUGGAGCGACGGAUGCAGGAGAGAAACCAAGACCAGGAUGUGUAAACCUGCUGGAUGCUGCCAACACACUGAUAGCAAUGCUGAGCUGCACCUCCAAAGACUGCAAAGACAUAACAAACUUGUAAAUAUAGAAGCAUUGCUGGAGUUAUUUUCAGAGAAGUAAAAAAAAAAAUAUGCAAAAAAAACAACUUUGAUCUUCUGUCCACUUUCCUUUCUUCAGUUGUUCAACUGUAACGCUCUAAAAUCAUGUUUAAAAAGUUUUGUUCAUUAAUUCUUUUCUUUUGUUCUGCAUUUUUUGUUUUUUAUGUUUAUCAGUGACCUCUUUAACUAAAACAACUGUGAUAGGUAACACGACUAACAACAGUUUGUUUUUUUACAUAAACCUCAGUCCAUUGUAAUUCCAUGUUCUUAACUUCCAGGUGACAGAAUAAAACAUCCAAUAAUCAUGUA